AACGAUAAAAUGUUUAGAAUAUAGUGAUUAGCUAACAGCUUUUGCAUUCAUAACAGAGAAAUUACUGAAUAAUAAUUAAGGAAUUCUAAUAGUUGAUACAUUUUUUAUUUGAAAUAAUUAUAUAUUUAAUGAUGAAUACUGUUCAAAAUAUUUUCAAGGCCAAAUUGAAUAAUGUUUUUGGGAUGAUUCAUGUUAAACCAUUACCAGGCACACCGUUGUAUGAUAAAAACAUUAAACAAAUAAUAUAUGCUGCUUGCAAAGAGGCUGAAACAUAUAUGAAAUGUGGAGUAGAUGGAAUUGUYGUUGAAAAUAUGCAUGACAUACCUUAUAUGCCUGCAAAAAAAAUAGGUCCUGAAAUUGUGUCCUCAAUGACUAGAGUCUGUACAGCAGUUAGACAAUUGGUACCUGAACAUAUACCUUGUGGUCUACAAAUAUUGGCUGCAGCCAAUGAAGAAGCAAUUGCUGUUGCAUAUGUAACAGACUUCCAGUUUAUUAGGGCUGAAGGUUUUGUUUUCGGCCAUGUUGCUGAUGAAGGUUACAUGGACGCGUGUGCUGGUAAGUUAUUGAGAUAUCGCAAGUCAAUAGGAGCACAAGAAGUGUGUAUCUUUACAGAUAUAAAAAAAAAACACAGUUCACAUGCCAUUACUCAAGAUGUAAGUUUAAUCGAAACUGCCAAAGCAGCAGAAUUUUUUUUAACUGAUGGAGUUAUAGUGACUGGAACUGCGACGGGACAACCUGCCAAACCACAUAAUGUUGCUGAGGUUAAAAAUUCUGUGAAUAUUCCAGUACUUGUUGGAUCUGGUGUAACUCUAAACAAUGUACAUGAGUACAGAGGUGUAGACGGAUUCAUUAUCGGAUCUCACUUCAAGAAACAUGGCAUGUGGCAAAAUGAACUCGACGAAACUGUUAUUUUAGAAUUUAUAAAUUCCCUAAGAUAAGACCUAUAAUUCUUAUAUAUGGGUAAGACUGAAAUAAAUUAACUUAAUUUAUUUGUUAUAGAAAGUAAGUUAUUGUUUAUUUGAUGAUUCCAUGUAAAAAAUUUUAACCAUAAACUAUUGGCACAAUAUGUUAUGAUUUACAAUUUUAAAGUAUGACAUACCAAAGUAUUGGGCAAAAAAAAUAAACUAAUAACUAGUUACAUAUUCCUAAUAAAAAUAAAUUAAGUAAUAAAAAUAAUUGUUAUACU